UUAGGGAUUAAUGGUGGAGGGAGGGAGGGAGAAAGGGGUCUUCAGCAGGUUUUGGCCUUCUGUUUUGGAAAUAAUAUUCCUAGUUUCCCUCAGUCUUGGAAAGAACAUUUUGUGAUCCAGUCUUCUCUAGUUGAGACCUAUGGAGCCCCAGGGUCAUUCCCUGGAAUUUGUCUGGGUGCACUAUGGGCACACACAUGUCUGGGAUGCCUGGGGUGCUGCUUGUAACAGAGGUGCAUAGUUUUAGAAGCCCCUGGCACUAAGAAAGCAAGAUAGGAGAACAGUAGUUCAGAGCCAGGCUGGAUCUGUCUUAGAAUCAACAGAGAAGAAGAAUAGCAUGCAAAAUUCCCUGGUGCGGAAAAGGGACCAGGGCAAAAGAGCUGCCUUCCCAGGCCAUAUUCAAUCACGCCAUUGCUGAGGACCGGGCGGAUUCUUUAUAUGUCAGUGUGAUGGCGGAGUCACCUUGUGGAAUUUUUUCCAGGGCACUAUGUUGCUCUCCACUGGAUUCCGUGUCAUGUCCUCUUCCCCAAAGGCUGGAAACUAUUAGUUAGCAACUCUUGCCACAUUGCCCAAAGUUCAUGAAUCUGAUGCAUGGGGCUGAAUGUACACCAAGAGUUAACGAUUAAUGCACUGUCACCGAGAGGCUGUACCAACGCCCCUUUGUGGAAUACGUGGGACUUUUGCCCCACUCGGCUUCCUGGGGCUGAUAGAGCAGUUGGACAAGGGCAGGCGGAGAGAGCGCCUCACCAUGGCGGCAGCAGCGGCUGCCUUGGAGCACUUCUGUGGUUCUGUUUUCUGGAAUGCUUCUCUAUUGGAUCGUGAGGAUGCCGACUUGACGCUCUGCUUCAAACAGACUGUUCUUGUCUGGAUCCCUUUGGGCUUCCUCUGGCUCUUUGGCCCAUGGCAGCUUCUCACCAUGUGUACCUCUAAGAUGAAGAAAACAUCUGUCACAAAGGUUUUCCUCGCUAAGCAGGUGCUGACUGGGCUGCUCUUACUGGUGGCACUAGCUGAACUGCUUUUCGUGGUCAUUGGAAACGUUGAGCACCCCCAGCAGCAAAAGCCGAUUGUCCAGUACACAAAUCCUGCACUCUACGUCAUCACUUGGAUGCUGGUUUUGCUGAUUUACAACAGCCGCCGCUUCACUCUAUGCAGGGACUCAUGGAUUCUCUCCCUGUUCCUCAUCUUUUCCGUGCUUUGUGAUGUGUUUCAGCUCCAGACUCUAAUCCGACAAGCGAUUCAGGGCUCCAUCACUGAUAUGCCGCGUUUCAUCUUCUUCCUGGUCUCCUACGGGCUUCAGGUCAUCCUGUUGGUCCUCACUGUUAUUUCCGACAUUGCCCCUGAAAUGAAAGAAGCUGCCAAGAAAAACCCAGAGGUCACAGCUUCUUUCCUGAGCGCCAUCACUUUCCAUUGGUACAGCAGUAUGGUAAUAAAGGGCUAUCGGAAGCCAUUAGAGAUUGAUGACCUCUGGGAGUUGAAGGAUGAAGUUAAGACACAGCAGAUGUUUGGCAAAUUUGAGAAGAACAUGAAGGCGGGGGUCAGAAAGGCUCAGCGGGCGCUGGAGAUCCGGCGCCGGAAGAGGAAACGGCAUUCAGUGAUCACUGACUACAGGAAUGGCUUGAGCAAGGCCCAAAGUCAGGAUGCGUUGGUUCUGGAAGAGAAACAGAGAAAACACGAUGAAAAGGUGGUCAAAGGAGACCCCAGAGGUGACUAUGCAAAGCACUGGCUGAUGGUUACUGUGAUUCGAAGCUUUUCUGGGAACGUUCUGAAAACAGUGGCCUUCAAGGUGGUGCAUGACGCAUUGGUGUUUGUGAGCCCACAGCUGCUGAAGCUGAUGGUCAACUUCGUGUCGGAUCCCAACGCCUACAUCUGGCAGGGCUACCUCUACGCCGUGUUGCUGUUUGUGACGGCCCUGGUUCAGUCCCUCUGUCUGCAGCAGUAUUUCCAGAUGUGCUUUGAGCUGGGCAUGGGCUUGCGCACGGUUCUCAUGGCUGCCAUCUACAAGAAGGCCCUGGUGGUCUCCAAUAUCACACGGAAGGAGUCCACGGUGGGUGAGACGGUGAAUCUAAUGUCAGUAGAUGCCCAGCGCUUCAUGGACUUCACCAACUUUGCGCACCAGCUGUGGUCAGCUCCACUGCAGAUUGUCCUGUCCAUUGUGUUUCUGUGGGAGGAGCUGGGCCCCUCUGUGCUUGCUGGGAUUGGGGUGAUGGUGCUGCUGAUCCCUAUCAAUGCUUUGAUAGUCACCAAGGCCAGGAGCAUCCAGGUGAAGAACAUGAAGUACAAGGACGAGCGCAUGAAAGUAAUGAAUGAAAUUCUCAAUGGCAUCAAGAUCCUGAAGCUGUUUGCCUGGGAGCCAUCAUUUCAGAAGCAAGUCGAAAGAAUCCGGGCCCGGGAGCUGAAGGGGCUGCUGCAUUUUGCCUACCUGCAGGCAGUCUCCAUCUUCUUCUUCAUCUGUGCUCCUUUCCUAGUCUCUGUAGCAGCCUUUGCUGUGUAUAUGAUGGUGGAUGAGAACAAUGUCUUGGAUGCACAGAAGGCCUUCACUUCUAUAUCUCUCUUCAAUGUCCUGCGCUUCCCGCUUACCAUGCUGCCAAUGGUGCUGUCUUCCCUGGUGCAGGUCAAUGUAUCUACUGGGCGGCUAGAGCGGUAUCUGGGUAGUGAAGACCUGAACACCUCGGCCAUAAGGCAUGACCCCAGCCCUGGCUGCGCUGUGAUUUUCUCUGAGGCCUCCUUUGCCUGGGAACAGGAUUCUGAUGCCACCAUUAGAGACAUAAAUCUGGAAAUUCCACACGGGUGCUUGUUGGCUGUAGUCGGGUCUGUGGGAUCAGGAAAAUCAUCGCUGGUGUCAGCAAUGUUGGGCGAGAUGGAAAACAUCAAGGGGCACAUCAGUAUUCAGGGCUCUGUGGCCUAUGUGCCUCAGCAAGCAUGGAUCCAGAAUGCCACACUGAAGGAUAACAUCCUUUUUGGUUCACCCCUCAAUGAGGCUCGGUACCAAGAGGUCAUAGAAGCUUGUGCUCUUCUCGCAGACUUGCAGCUGCUUCCAGGAGGAGACCUCACUGAGAUUGGGGAGAAGGGCAUUAACCUGAGUGGAGGCCAGAAACAACGCGUCAGCCUGGCCAGAGCAGUAUACAACAAUGCAGAUAUCUACUUGCUGGAUGAUCCCCUCUCAGCUGUGGAUGCCCAUGUGGGACGACACAUUUUUGACAAAGUACUGGGGCCAGAGGGGUUGCUGCGGCAUAAGACGCGAAUCCUAGUGACUCAUAGCCUCAGCUUCUUGGCGCAUGUGGAUGACAUUGUGGUGCUGGUGGCUGGAGCUGUCUCAGAACAGGGUUCUUAUAGCACCUUACUAACCAAUGGCGAGGCAUUUGCUCAGCUGCUCAACACAUAUGGGAACCAGCAGGAUAGCUUGCCUGAAGAGGAAGCCACAGUGGGGAUGGGUGAGGAAGUGGACCUGGAGGGGGACCCUGAACCUGGAGCUGAAGAGGUGCCAGCUGACGUGGUGACUAUGACCCAGAAGAGUGAGGCCAGUGUCCAGCAAAGGAACUUCAGCCGCAGCCUCAGCAUCAACAGUAAUGUGUCCCAUCAAGGAAAGUUGAAGGAGAAGAAGCCAAUGACGGAGAUAAAGGGACAGAGGCUGAUUGACAAAGAGGCCAUGGAAAUUGGCAAGGUGAAGUUCAUUAUGUAUCUGCGGUACCUGCGAGCUGUUGGUUGGGGCCUGACAACAUGGAUCAUCUUCGGCUAUGUAGCACAAGCCAUAGCCUUACUGGGCUCCAACCUGUGGCUUAGCGAUUGGACGAACGAUGCUUCGCAUUACCAGAAUCAGACCUACCCAGCCGCUCAACGGGACAAGCGUAUUGGCGUCUAUGGGGCGUUAGGCAUAAGCCAGGCUCUCUUCCUGCUGAUGGCGAUCCUUUUCUCCACCCGCGGUGCUAUCCGAGCCUCCCGGGUCCUGCAUGCGCAGCUGCUCCAUAACAUCCUGCGUGUGCCCAUGGGUUUCUUUGACUCGACACCAACAGGCCGCAUUGUGAACAGGUUUGCCAAGGACAUUUUCACUGUGGAUGAGAAUAUUCCAAUGUCAUUCCGCUCCUGGCUGAACUGCUUCAUGGGCAUUGUCGUCACUCUGCUAAUCAUCUGCUUGGCCACACCGUUCUUUGCAAUUGUCAUGCUGCCUCUGGGGAUCCUCUACUUCUUUAUCCAACAAUUCUAUGUGGCAACAUCCCGCCAGCUGCGGCGCUUGGACUCGGUCAGCCGGUCCCCCAUCUAUUCCCACUUCAGCGAGACAGUGUCAGGUCUCUCUGUCAUCCGGGCCUAUGGGCACCAAGAACGCUUCCUGCAACACAACGAGAAGAUUGUGGACAUCAAUCAGAAGUCUGUAUAUUCUUGGAUCGUUUCCAACAGGUGGCUGGCUGUGCGCCUAGAAUUUGUGGGGAAUCUGGUGGUUUUCUUUGCAGCGCUACUGGCAGUCUUUUCCAAAGAUACACUGAACAGUGGUAUCGUGGGACUCUCCAUUUCCUCAGCUCUCAAUGUGACUCAGACCCUGAACUGGUUGGUGCGGAUGACUUCAGAGCUGGAGACCAACAUUGUGGCUGUAGAGAGAGUGCAUGAAUACACAGAGGUGGCAAAUGAGGCACCAUGGGAGACAGCACAGAGACCACCCUCUAAUUGGCCCAGCAAUGGAGAGAUCAGCUUCAUUGACUAUCAGGUGCGGUAUCGGCCUGAGCUGGAACUAGUUCUUGAUGGGAUCACCUGCGAUAUCAAGAGCACUGAGAAGGUUGGCGUUGUUGGCCGAACAGGGGCUGGGAAAUCCUCACUCACCAAUUGCCUCUUUCGCAUCCUGGAGGCAGCCGGGGGGAAGAUCCUGAUAGAUGGGGUUGAUAUAGCAACGCUUGGCCUGCACAAUCUGCGCCAGAAACUCACCAUCAUCCCACAGGAUCCUGUUCUCUUUUCGGGGAGCUUGCGCAUGAACCUGGACCCAUUUGACCAGCACUCAGACGAAGAGGUCUGGCGUGCUCUAGAGCUGGCACACAUGAAGUCUUACGUACUUGGCCUGCCUGAAGGACUGUCCCAUCCAGUGAGUGAAGCUGGAGAGAACCUAAGUGUGGGGCAAAGACAACUUUUAUGCCUGGCCCGGGCCCUCCUCCGUAAAUCCAAGAUCCUGAUUCUGGAUGAGGCAACAGCAGCUGUGGAUAUGGAAACCGAUCACCUGAUCCAAGAAACAAUCCGAAGCGAGUUUUCCAACUGCACUGUGCUGACAAUCGCCCAUCGGUUGCAUACCAUCAUGGACAGCCAUAGGGUGAUGGUCCUUCAAGCGGGGAAAAUUGUGGAGUUUGGCAGCCCUGAGCAGCUGCUCCAACAGCAAGGCAUCUUUGCAGGGAUGGCAAGGGAUGCUGGCCUCCUGGGAAGCCAGAGCACUGCACUCUAGGGGAAGCUGGAGAACCCUGGCAGCAAGCGCAACUCCACUGUUCCUAUGUUGCAGGAAUCUGCUGGCAGCUGUUCUGAGCCUGUCUGUGACUGUGUGUGUGACAAAACUCUUGCCUGCAAUUGCAGUGCCGCUCUGCUUGGACCAAAUCAUCUUCAUGGACCAUUCCCUGGUAUGCUUGGUUUUCCUGGCCCUGACUUCCAGCGACUGGAGGGUGUGCGUGGUUUUACGAUCAUCCUCUCUAAGCUGGGGAAGCUUGGUUGAAGACUCUACCUCGUAUGGUGCUCCUUUGUUUUAACCGCCCAGAGAGCUUUGGCUAUUGGGCGGUAUAAAAAUGUAAUAAAAUAAAUAA